GGCAGCACUAGCGGGCACGCCUUUAAAAAACGGAAACUGUUGAGGAAGAAGCAGUCAAAGAGCUAGUGGAUAAUUGAAGUCACAAAAACUGUCAUAUUUGUCGUAAAUUUAUCUAAAACGGCAGAAUGUCUUCCAACAUCGUAGCAAUGAGGAAAAUCGUCCAACAGCUGCGCCUUGAAGCUGGCAUCAACAGAGUAAAGGUGUCCCAGGCCGCCGCCGACCUGCAGCAGUUUUGCCUUCAAAACGCCCAGCAAGACCCUUUACUCACGGGCAUGUCGUCCAGCAACAACCCGUUCAGACCGCAGAAGGUCUGCUCCUUCCUAUAGCAGCGACGAGCCCAGCUGCUUUGGACAUUGUGGUGCCUUAUGAAACUUAGCUGCAGGAUCCUGCAUCAUGGACUGGAAUUGCCUCAGGAGUGUUUGGGAAAUUUGAGAGAAACUAACUUAAGCUUUUUUUUUUUUUAAACUUGUAAUAUCACAUAUGGAAAACAUUACCAGGUUCUCAUGGGGAACAUUAAAUGUCUUAAUGUACUCGCUUUGAAGCAACUAAUCCAUAUGAACACACAUGUGCCUUUUGCACUGUACAUUUUUCAUUCCUGCUUUUGACAGUUUCUUCCACAUUUUAAACUUUUAUUAAAAUGAGUCUAAACACA